AUGGAUAGCAUUAGGAAACAUAUCCAGUCACCACUUAAAGUUAAUGGUUGUAUGAUAUACAUGUUGUAUUGGUUUGCUGAACACAACAACAGCAUGACGGCGAGCAAUGAACAAGCAUUAAAACGUGAGGAUGAACGUGAAUCUGACAAGAAUGAGGAGGAGGAUGAGGAAGGUGAGAAAGGUAAUGAUGUGGAUAAUAGUGAUGAUGAUGAGGAGGAGGAGGAGGAGGAGGAAGGUGAUGAUGUGGAUGAUAGUGAUGAGGAGGAUGAGGAAGGUGAGAAAGGUGGUGAUGUGUAUGAUAGUGAUGAUGAUGAUGAUGAUGAUGAUGAUGAUGACAAGGAGGGUGGCAAAGUGGUGAUGUGA